AUGGCUCCUGCUGCGGGCGUGAAGCGUCCGGCGGCUCUGCUACCUGCCUUCGAGCCAUUGAGCUCGUCUCCCUCCCUUCCGAGGCCUAACAAGCGUGUAGCACGCGAACCCGCCUAUCCUACUCCCGUGCCAACCUCUUCAACUCAUAUCAUGUCGUCUUCGCCGCCCGGUAUUGCUCGGCCUACUGCGCAUCGUACCUUCUCCGGUCCCGUGGAGCGGUCUCCCUUGUCCGCGGUCCCAACUAUCAUGCUGCCCGAAAGCGGCGAGCCUAUCCUCAUGGGCCGUUCAAGUGCUUCGUGCCAUCACCAGCUAGCUGCAAGCCGAAUGAUUUCCCGUGUCCAUGUCAAGGCUUGCUACAAGCCGGCGCCAAACCCCUUCGACCGUGAUAGGCUUGAGAUUAUGUGUAUGGGCUGGAACGGGAUCAAGAUUCACUGCCAGGGAAAGAAGUAUGAUUUGGUCAAGGGAAAGACUUUUACGUCCGAUAUCAAGGAGGCAGAUAUCAUGAUCGAUGUCCAUGAGGCACGUGUUCUGGUGCAGUGGCCACGGAAUGACAAUGAUAGGAAGGAUUGCCCCUCGACCGACUCCGAGCAGACUUGGGAUGAAGGAACUCCAACUCAGAAGAACCCCCGCCGACUGCUCCCCGAUAGCCCCUUUGUCGGAAAUCAGCGUCUGGGUUCUCCAGUUUCGCCAUCGCCUGCCGUGCAACAUGCCAUUCCUCCGUCCUCGCCUCUCUUUACGCCCUCUCGUGCUCGUGGGGCCGUCGUGGUGUACGAAGACGAGCCUUCUCCAUUGAAGCGCCACAAUACCGUCGGCGGGAUGACUUCGCACAGUGCUCGUCGUGCUAGUGCAAUGCUGCAGAUUUCGCAGUCUAGUGAUAUCAGUCGGGCUGAUGAUGAUUCCGAUAAUGACGAGGAAAAUGACCCUAUCGUCCACUCAUUCGGUCCAUUCGGCGAGAACCUGCUUCCUCGGAUGGCCUCAUUCCACGCCGGAGAAUCUCCCGUUCGCACUGCCCUUUCGCCUCUCAACCGCAGGGCUCCCCAGUCUCCUCAGCAUAUCAAUUCCCUUCUACGCCCCCACGCCGAGGAUCAAAAGGAAGAGGUUGAGGUCAAGCAGAAGACCAAGGAAGAAGAGGAGAGCUUUGAACGAGUCCGCAACCACACCGUGAAUCAGCUCGCUUUCUCCCGCCUAUCAUCGACUCCCUUCUCUACUAUCCUGAACAACCUCCCUCCUUCCUAUUGGAAGUCGAACUCGAGCAACACCUCGGGCCCAUCUCGCUCCGAUAUCCGCGCCAUCCUGGAAAAUACUAAGUGCAUUGGCAAGGUUGCGCGCGAAGGAAAAGAUGCCGCUGGCCAGCCUCUGGAAAGCGAAUUUUACUACAUCCCCGAUUAUGAUGAAGACGUCGGCCGCCGCGAGACUGUGGUCAACAACCUCCGAAAGCCUGGCCUCCGCAACUGCCGCAAGCAGCACAAGGUUUGUGACCCUGAUCAGUUUUCUUUCCUAGCUUUGAAUAUUAUGACUAACAUUUCUCAGCAAUACUUCUGGAAGAAGCCGAAAUAA